UUAGUCGCGUAGUGGAAGGGAAAAGUAGUGUUGUGCCGUCGAAACUCAACUCAAGUGGAGGUCCGCUGAUUGAGAGACUUGUCUUUUUUGCGGACUCACCCGAAGAUUGCGCGAGUGCUUUUACCAUUGUUGGAAUAAAGUGAAUUCGAAGUUGGUUUUGGGAAAAUUACCAUUUCUGGAUACGAAGCGAAAAGUGUGUUAUUCGAUCGGUUGAAUUGAGUUGAAAAGUCAUCAUCACGGGAAGAGCUCCCAGGGCGAAAAUUUAAGUAGUAGUUGUUUGUCACCCACACAGCCACACAGGUGAGCGUUGAGUGAGUAAAGCAUGCAACAUAAUAAUUUCGAAGGGUGGUAUUCGUGAUCGCAUCGCACCAAUACCGUUGCAGGGCGGGAAAACGACACGACGACGAAGCAAAAGUGACAGCUCUUGCGAUCGUCGAACAGCAGCAGACACUCCAGCCAGGCAGCAGGAGAGUAACGAAACGAGUGAUGUUGUAAGCAUUUUUUCCUGCAUCGUGUGACACGGAGGUGGAAACAAAUUGUGCAAAAAGAAAAUCGAAGCGUAAAGUGAAAAUCCGCUGCAUUAAAGUUUUGUGCCACGGAGGAUAUCUAGUGUGAUUUCCGCACGGAAGGUUCGAACACGGUUCGAGGGCGUUGAAGAUUCGAAAGGAGUAUCCUUGAGUGCUUGGAAAGAAGGCGUUUAAAGUGAGAAUCCCCAUGGUGGAGUGUGUCGUUGUUAGUGUAUGGAUGGAGCUGCAAUUCGUGCAUUCAGAAUAAAUUUUGUGUUUUUAUUGCGAAGAAAAAAAAGUGUUCCCCGUCAGGCAAACGAGCCCAAAUCAAGGAGGGGCAAAAGUCAUAAAAUAAGUGUAAUCACUUGCAAUCUGGCAAAGGUGGAAGAAAGGAAGAACUUCUGCGGAAGAAAGAAAACCUGUGUGGCAAAUUUUCAAAGAAGUUAAGUUUCACUGGAUAUUUCACUCAGAGAGGGUGAACGGCGGGAACUAGAAGAGACACGUAAGGAAUAGGCGGACCUUGCUGCUGGCUGAUAUCAUUCCUCAAGGCGGACGACCGACGACGUCAGACUGAGUGUGAUUCUUCGUCAUCCAGAAGUCAAUCAUCGGAGCGCGAGAAUAACAUUCAAGUUGCGAAAAUGCGGCUCCCUCGCUGGGUGAACUAAAAGACUGGGGACUCUUCUCACUCACCUGCUGCAGCCCGCCGCCGCCGCCGCCGCAAUACGACAGUGCCUCCCAGUAGCGGUGUCGUCCUGAUUAGAGCUUUAUAGCUUGAUUUAGUGCCGAGAAGAGCAGCAGCAGCAGUAGCCAAAUCCAAACACCCAGAAUGCCUCUGCCGAAACGACUCGUCCAGCCGGUGUACGUCGCCCGGUCGGUGUACGUGCGGGAGGAACUUCCGGCCGAGCUUGAAACCGUAACCAACACCACCCUCACCAACAUCGUUCGGCAGCUGUCGUCGCUGUCCAAACACGCCGAGGAUCUAUUUGGCGAGCUAACACGAGACGCCGGCAAUCUAGCCGAGCGGGCUAAUUCGCUUCAGGCACGAAUCGAUAGGCUAGCAAUAAAGGUGACCCAAUUAGAUAGCACGGUGGAGGAGGUGUCCCUGCAGGACAUACAGCUGAAGAAAGCCUUCAAGAGUGCCACCGUGUUUGAUCAGCAGAUAUUUUCGCGGGCGACGAUGCCGACCGCCAUGCUGGAGGUAUACCAGGCCUGCGACAAACCACCUCCACUUGAUAAACUGAACUGCUAUCGAGACGACGGUAAGGAUGGCCUGAAAUUCUAUACCGACCCGAACUACUUCUUCGAGCUGUGGCGACAGGAGAUGUUGAAGGAUACCGAACGGGUGAUGCACGACCGUGGCAAGAAGGUGCACAAACCUCGAGGCACCGAUGGAGCGGACGGUGGCCGCCAGAAGAAGCGGCCGCGAGCUCCGCACAAUACCCGCGAAAAACAACGCCAACGGGCGAUUGGUCACGGUGAAACUCUAAUGCCAAACAAUGUGAUCUACCGAACGCCGAGUGCGAUUGCACAAGCGAACGAGGAAGCCAUCUACAACCAGACCAUGGGUGGCAACAUUAUCUACGAUCCGCGAAAUGCCGGACCCGCGAGACCAAAUUCUAUCGAACUACGACGAAGUUACCAACCCGAACCCGUAGAUGGAGGCUAUGCUCCUCCAUCGCCACACUACCAACAGCAGCAGCAAAUGGCACAGCAAAACAACUACCAGCAGCAACCAAUGUACGAUGAUUACCCCAACCAGCAGAUCUACGGUAACAACACAAGCCAAAUGUCCCAGGAAAGCCUCUACGCACCGGGCACUCCUUCGCGGUCGAAAUCUCGACCAUCGCAACCUCCCCCGGCACCUCCAUCUACCGGAAGUGGCGGAGGAACUCCCAACGUAUCGAAUGCCAAUACUCCUACUCGGGGUCGAAGUAUGUCCACCGGUAGAGACAAUCUUCCUCCUCCGCCACCGAUUCCAGAAGGCCUCCAGUCACCACCGCACAUCCCCAACGGAGGAGCCAACGUUGCAGCUAAGCUUCUAAAUCGCGCCAACUCGAGAGCAGGCUCUCCCCAGCUAGGUGCCAACGGACAACCCUUACAGCCGCCUCAAAUGGGUGGCCAUCAGCAGCAGCAGCAACAGCAAGGGGGCAUGGUGGAUCCGAACCAAUUUGCGCUGGCUCAACUGAACCAGCAAAUCAACAAUUUGAACAACCUCAACUUGCAACUGGGUCAGCUGUCGAUGAACGAUUUACCACCGCCACCGCCAAUACCGGAACAGCUAUCUCCCAAGCAGUCUCCACCGAAUGUGGCUCCUCCUCCGCCGCCUCCACCUCCACCGCUACUGGAUGGCCCACUGAGUCCCUCGAAACCUCCGAUGGCCAACGGCGACGUCAUGAUCGGCGGCGGCAUGCCCAACGGCACCAUCAUCAUGGGUCAAAAGCAACAGCUGAAGAAGAUUCCACCCCAGGAAAAGAUCGCCUACGAAGACCCCCGGUCCGAUCUGAUGAAGGCUAUUCGAGACGGAAUCAAACUGCGCAAGGUGGAACAACGGAACGACGCCAAGGAGAACGACCGAACCAUCGAGCGAUUGCACGAUGUGGCUUCCAUUCUGGCGCGGCGCGUUGCCAUCGAGCUGAGCGAAUCGUCCGAUUCGGAGAGUGACGACGACAGCGAGGGUUGGAUGGAGAACGAAACGUCCGCAUGACAACACGAGAACAUGGCCGCGGCGACCGGUACGGCCGUCGCUGCCGGCGGUGGUAAGAAGAAGUGAAGGAUAGACUCGCUUGAGAAGUAAGUAAAGAGGAGAGACAUAACUCAUAUUAUAGAUAGUGGUUCUUCGUUGGUUGGGUUUAUCGAACAAGUGUAAAUGUACUAGGUAAAGCAAAAAAAAAAAAUGAACAGGAUACAGAUGACGGAAGUUGGUUAGACAACUUUUUUUUUUCUAAUUUCGUGUGAAGCUCUUCAUUUGAUUUGAAGAUUGUACGAAUAAAUGUUUGAUUCCAAUGGGGUUCGGUUCGUGCAUUUUCAAAGAAAAAAAAAAACAUUUCUGUUUCGUAUCGUUAUACUUUCCCACUGAAGGAAAAAUGGGCAAAUCAUGAAACAUGGGGAACGACAGUACCGGAGAAGAGUGAUAGCCGAAGGGAUGUGUAAUUUUAUUGUAAUUAUUAAGUUAUUUAUUUACGGCAAAACGAAUUACAAACGGCGGUUAUUAGGUUUCUUAUUUUUACUAUGUGGAUGUUUAUUUUUGUACAUUAUUUCAAUUCAUACAUUAGGAUAACUCAGCCGCGUGUUGGAGAAAACAAAACGGGAAAGAACAUUGAAAUGGAAACAAAGAGGGAAAAUCAAAAUCGAUUAAAGUUGAUAAUGUUAAAAACCCGUAGAUAUUAGAAGAACUGAGACCCCUUGGCGUAGAAUCAUUUCAUAGAAACUGGUAGUACUCAAAAUAAGCAAACCAUCUAAACUAAAAAAGAAGCAAAAACAUCAUCACCAUUCAUCAAAAUUUCGUACUAAAUUUAAGCUAAAAAAGAACACCAGCAAAAAAUAAACAGAUUACCAACUAACCAAUAGCCCAGUUUAGCGUUAGAAUUUAGAAAGACGGAUGAAAAUCGGUCAAAGACUCAUAUGAAGCAAAAAAAAAGUAUUCUUUCGUAUCGUAAAUCCGCGACAAGACAAAACCAGAAAACCCAUUCGAAAUGGAUCGUAUUGUAGAAGCUCAAAUUUCGGCGAAAAUCUUUGCUAUCGAAUAUGUAACUAGAAAAAAAAGAAAACUUUCCUCCUCUCUGCACGCACAGAAAUCUAGAGUCCUUUCCUUCCGACUUACUCACUAUCCCCUCUUUGUCUGUCUGUUGCAAAUCUAGGAUAAUCAAAUUGCUUAAAAGUAUCGACAUAUAUUCUUUAACUAUUACUUGUGCUUCUGAAACACCAAUCGCGGAACAAAACAUAGAAAAUCUUAAAAAGAGAACGGUGCACACAUAUUCGAACAAAUUUACACGCGCUACCUUUGCCCCCCCUUCUAUCGUUGUUUGUGCUGCUUUGCUCUAUUUUCUCUUAUUCGAAAACAAAAAUAUAAUGCUUCAAAAAUUAGACAAAAUAAAAGAUAAACACGCAUCAAAUGCUUUGUGAAGAAUCAAUUCUCGAAUGAAUAUUAUUGGAAGACUUACUAACACUAUUAAGGGAAGGAGAAUCGACGUAAACUUGCCAUUUCUUUGUCACCUAAAAUCAGCUUCAAACUGCUCGUAAUUUCAGUUUCUAUCCUUUGUGUAUCGUGAAGCAAGUACAGUACUGGCAAACGGCGAGGGUCUUCUUUUCGUUGAACGCGUUGAACUUAGAUGAAUAUGGGUCAUUCCAGCUCAAGUGGGUACACCACCUGUGGUUGAUGUCACUGAUUUGAGCCGAACUUGGCCAAAACGCUUAUUUAGGCAUUCUGAACAAACGCCUUUUUUUGAUUUUGCUCUGAAGUGCCUAGAUUCCUGUCGGCUACAACCCUGGAUUUUCGAGAUUUUUAAUAAUUUCAUCUUUCUGAAUGAUUACUCCACAACCAAAUAAGCUAUUCAUGAUCUUAGAACUCAAUUUGAAGGUUUUUAUUUAUAGAUUCUUAUAGAUGUACCCACAUUUUGUUUUUGUUAUAGUAACUACAGUAAACAGGCUGAUUACCGGCAGGUACCCAACUUACCAAAAAAUGGUAUAUUUACACCAUGGGCGGGAUUUUUUAUUUCUUA